AUGUGGCAGCAGCAGCUGCUGCUGCAGUAUGUAGGUAUUGAGGUGCUGCAGCUGCAGCUGCAGCAGCAGCAACUGUUGCAGCAGUAUGCAGACCCAGUGCAGCAGCAGCAGCAGCAGCAGCAGCAGCAGCACCAGCACCAGCACCAGCAACUGGUGUUGCAGUAUGCAGACGUUGAAGUGUUGCAGGAGCAGCAGCAGCAACAACAGUUGCUGCAGCAUGUAGGUGAUGAAUCGCAGCAGCAGCAGCAGCAGCAGCAGUAG